CACUGAGCCGGCGUCCGCCCUGCUAUGUAGGGCGGCGUUUCCCGUGAGCCCGCGGGCGCGCGAGGACUACGACUCCCGGCAUGCUCAGAGGCCACGGGAAUUAACCCUUCAGGGCCCGCGGAUGCCCUGCGCCCCGCCUCCGCCCCUUACCUGGACCCCGCAGGGUGCCACCACGGAGUCCCUGCAGGUUCAGCAGGCACCCUACCUUUGUCUGACUUGAAUGACCAUAAGCUUGUGGACAAGAGAUGGGUGCCCCCAUCAGCACACUGUCCUUUGGCCACCGGACAUCAUGCCUCCCAAGAAGGAUGUUCCCGUGAAGAAACCAGCAGGACCCUCUAUCCCCAAGCCUGCUGCCAAGCCAGCAGCAGGGGCCCCUCCAGCCAAGACCAAGGCUGAGCCAGUGCCAGCACCAGUGCCAGCUGUCCUUCCAACCCCUGGGAAAACCCAGGAGCCCCCCAUCGAUCUCUCCAAAGUGGUGAUCGAGUUUAACAAGGACCAGCUGGAGGAGUUCAAGGAGGCCUUCGAGCUGUUUGACCGAGUAGGGGAUGGAAAGAUCCAGUACAGCCAGUGUGGGGAUGUGAUGAGGGCCCUGGGCCAGAACCCUACCAACGCCGAGGUGCUCAAGGUCCUGGGGAACCCCAAGAGUGAUGAGCUGAAGUCCCGGCGUGUGGACUUUGAGACUUUCCUGCCCAUGCUCCAGGCAGUGGCCAAGAGCCGGGACCAAGGCACAUACCAGGACUACCUGGAGGGGCUUCGGGUGUUUGACAAAGAGGCGAAUGGCAAAGUCAUGGGAGCAGAGCUCAGACAUGCCCUCACCACCCUGGGAGAGAAGAUGACUGAAGAGGAGGUGGAGGCAGUUCUGGCAGGACAUGAGGACAGCAACGGCUGCAUCAACUAUGAAGGUGCAGUGGGGUCGGAUACUUCCCCCCUCCCGCCCCCGCAGGCGAAAGCAAGUUCCUGCCACCAGAAGGCUAUUGUUUCAAAAUAAAGAGACGGUUCCUCCCUUGG